AUGGCUUCUACUUCUUCAUCAGCCACUCCCUGCAAAUAUGAUGUUUUUAUUAGUUUUAGAGGCAAAGAUAUCCGUUAUGGUUUUCUCUCCCAUCUCUAUGAUGCUCUGCAAGGAAAACAAAUCAAUGCCUUCUUGGAUGAAGAACUUCGUAAAGGAGAAGAGAUUUCACCAGCUCUCUUGAAAAUAAUCCAAGAAUCCAGGGUCUCAAUUGUCAUUUUCUCUGAAAAUUAUGCAGAUUCUCCUUGGUGUUUGGAUGAGCUUGUCAAGAUACUUGAGUGCAAGGAAACUUUAGGACAAAUAGUCCUUCCAGUUUUUUACCAUGUAGAUCCAACUGACAUUCAAGAGCUGACAGGAAAUUUUGGGAAGGCAUUUGCUAUUGCUAAGCGUAGAGAACAAGGCUAUUUACACAAAUGGAGGCAUGCUUUGACGGAAGUGCUGGGAGGGAAUUAUGGGCAGGCAUUUGCUAUUGUUAUGCAUGGAGAACAAGUUCAAGGCUGUUUACACAAGGUGGACAGAUGGAAUCGUGCUUUGACGGAAAUAAGCACCUUAUCAGGAUGGGAUUCACGAAAUAUCAAGUAUGAGUCCAAAUUAGUUGAGGAAAUUGUCAAUGAUGUUAUGAAGAAAUUGAAUUAUGUGUCUUCAAGUGAUGAUUCAUAUGAUGGCAACUUGGUUGGAAUCGAAUCACGCGUGAAAAAAGUGGAACGAUUGUUAAAUGAUAAGCAAGUUGUAGGAAUUUGGGGGAUGGGAGGAAUUGGUAAAACAACUAUUGCCCGAGAAGUAUAUCGUCGAAACAUAAUCAAAUUUGAUCAUCAUUGCUUUGUUGAUAAGUUCAAGGAAACAAUGACAAAGCAAUCACCAAUUUCUGUACAAGAUACAAUCAUUCGUCAAUUAUUAAGGGGAAAAAGUUUUCCUGAAGACAAAUUGUAUUCGAAUGCUUUUAUUAGAAGGCUUGAGAGUAAGAAGGUAUUAAUUGUUGUUGAUGAUGUAGAUGAUGCAAAUUUAGCAAGAGUGUGUGAUUUGUGCGGCAAGGGAAGUAGAAUGAUUGUAACUAGCAGAGAUAAGCAAGUACUUAAAAAAGUUUGUUCAGAGGAAGACAUAUAUCAAGUUGAGAAAUUAAUUGAUUCUGAAGAUUUGAAACUCUUUAACUUGCAUGCCUUCAAAUCAAAUCAUCCCAAGGAAGAAUAUAUAGAGCUAUCAAAGAAGGCGAUAAAUUAUGCUGGUGGUAAUCCAUUAGCUCUUACAGUUUUGGGAUCUCAUUUAUUUGAUAUGGGGAUAGAAGGGUGGAAAAGUGAAUUGGAAAAAUUGAAACGCCAUCCUCUUAGAAAAAUUGAAGAUGUUUUGAGAAUAAGUUAUGAUGAGUUAGAAUGGAACGAAAAGAAAAUAUUUCUUGAUAUUGCAUGUUUCUUCCUCACGGAAAAUGUAGAUAUUGUUAAGGGAGUAUUAGAAGCAUGCGGUUUCUUUCCAAAAGGUGCAAUACCUCGUCUAAUUAAUAAAUCUCUCAUAACUGUAUCAUAUAAUAUGAUAUUCAUGCAUGACUUGCUAGUACAAAUGGGCAAGGAUAUUGUCAAUGAGGAAUGCAAACAGCGUGGAGGACGUAGCAGAUUGUGGAAUUAUGAAGAUGUUCGUCAUGUACUUACGACAAAUACGGGAACUGAAAAUGUUGAAGGCAUACGGCUUAAAAUGUUUGGAGAGGAUAAUUUUGAGUUGAGUACCUCGGCCUUCAAGAAGAUGUGCAAUCUUAGAUUCCUCCAAAUUAUUAGUUCCGAACAAAAACUGCUUCUUCCUAACACCCUUGAAUUUCUCUCACUUGAGCUAAGAUAUCUUCAUUGGGAUUAUUACCCUUUGACAUCUUUGCCAUUAAAUUUGUGCCCAAAUCUUGCAAAACUUUACUUGCCUGGCAGUAACCUCGUAGAACUUUGGAAUGGAGAUAAGCCUCUUGAAAAUUUGAAAUUAAUAGACCUCAGCCAUUCUGAGGACCUGAUCAGGAUUCCAGACUUGUCUACUACUGCCCCAAAUCUUGAGUCUUUAUAUUUGUGGGGAUGUAAAAGUUUGGUUGAGAUUCCCUCUUCUCUUCAAAAUCUGAGCAAGCUUACUCAACUAAAUCUACGAAAGUGCCGUAACGUCACAUAUUGUCCAGAGAUUCCAUGUAAUAUAAUGAUUCUAACUUUAAAAGCAACUGGAAUAGAACAACUGCCCUCAUCAAUUGAGCAUCUGUCUCAACUGGUCGAGCUGUCCUUGAGUAAAUGUACAAGACUCGCGAAUCUUCCAAGUAGCAUUGGCCAAUUGAAACGUCUUGAACGUCUUUUUCUCCAAAAAUGUUCAAGACUUGUGAGUCUUCCAAGCAGCAUAGGCGAGAUGAAAUGUCUAAAAGUAAUCAUACUCGAUGGAUGCUCAGAUUUAGCAAGUCUUCCAGAAAGCAUCAAGCAACUUUCGAAGUUGAUAAAUCUUGAUUUAAGAAGUUGCAAGAGACUUAAAUAUUUACCAGAACUUCCAUCACGCUUGGAAUACUUAGAUGCAAUAGAUUGCACCUUUCUGGAAUCUGCAUCAACUUCAUUCCUUUUCCCAGAACAUGAAGACGAAAAAGAAGAAGCAGAUGAAAGUGAAGUUGAAGAUCAUUUUGGCAAAGGCAAAGACAAACGUCUUUAUUUUGGUAAUUGCGUCAAUUUGAAGGAUAAGAAGAAAGUAAUGGAGGAUGUUUUUGAAGCGCAUCUGUUGGGUCAGAAAUCACAAAUUAUUCUAUUAAUUUUUGGAAGUUCAUUACAUGUAGAGUGGAUUUGA